ACCAAACACAUCACACUUCCCCAAAUUAAAUCGAUCGCUAAUUACUUCAGCAAUUCAACGUUGCAUUUUGCCUUUGCCUUUGCCUUUUUCCCCCAAAUUUCCCAAUCAAACCACAAAUGGCUCCAACAAUCGCCGUGCCGAUCUCUGGCCACCGCCGCGACGCGGCGGAGGCGCUGCGGCGGAGGAACGAGGAGCUGGAGAAGGAGCUCCGGAGCAGCCUGGAGAGGGAGGAGAGGAUGAAGGAGGAGCUGCGGAUGACGUGGCAGCGCGUGCGAUUGGCGGAGGAGGCGGAGGAGCGCCUCUGCAGCGAGCUCGGCGAGCUGGAGGCGGAGGCCGUCGAUCACGUCAGGGAAUCUAGGGCUCAGAUCACGCUUCUGAUGGAGAAGCUCUCCGUUGCGCACAAGCUUCUUCAAGGUGCUUCAAUCGAUGCCUUCUCUCUCACUCAAUGAUUCGAUAAUCUCUCUCUAUCUCUGUAGAUCUGUGUGUGUGAAUUGUGAUGUGAUUAGAGAAUUAACGAAUUUGUAUUUUGUAGUGGUUUCGAUUGGAUUUGAAAUCCUUGGGAUUUUCAUUUUUUAGGAGUUUCCUUGGGAUGAACUGUUGUGUUGUAACAGAGAUGGAUGUAGAUUUUAUGUAUUAUGGUGUUAUUGAUUUUGUAAGAGUGGUGAUGUUUAAUCAUGCAUUUGUAUAUUACUCCUACUAUUUGAUCU